UGUUCGUGUGCUGUGUGACCCGCUAAAGCCGACAAGUUAGGAAAUCAGAAAAAGAAAAAUGGCAGAAAGUGAGCAGCCUGGGAAAAUUUUUAUAGGAGGCCUCAACUUAGAGACCAGACAAAAGACUCUUCAAGUAAUAUUUGGGAGAUUUGGACCAAUAACACAUGUUAUUUUGAUGAGAGAUCGUGAAACUAAGAAGUCUAGAGGCUUUGCUUUCGUUACUUUUCAAUGUCCUGGAGAUGCUAAGAAUGCUGUCAAAGAAAUGAACGGAGUGUCUUUGGAUGGAAAAAGAAUUAAAGUAGAACAAGCCAGAAGACCAUCAUCACUUGAAAGGGGUAGCAAGAGGAGACCAUUAUCCUUUUCAAGAACCAGAGGUGCUUCAAGAAUUCUGAAAUGUGGAAGAGGAGGAAGUAGCAGAGGAAGAAGUCGUCCUUCACGUGAAAGAAAUUUGGAUGAUGGUAGAUAUACUCCUAAUUUCAACAUAAGUUCUUCUGGGAGACACUUUGCAGUUAAAAGAAGUACAUCUUCAAAAAGGGAAGGUCCUCCUUCUAAAAGAUCUGCAACUGCUGCUCUGACAAGAGCCAAUCCUGGACUGAGAGGACAAGAACCACAUGGAAGAGAGGUGUCUAGAAAUAUGCCAAGAAGAGAGCCAGUAUCUUCCAGAAGAGAUGAAUAUCCAUUACCAAGGGAUGAUGGUUAUUCUUCUAAUGAUAGUUUUUCAAGGAGAUAUGCGUCAACAUCUAGAGGAUACCGUGACUAUGGCAAUUACAGCUCUCGGGAUGAACAUGCAUCUAAAGUCUUCAGUGAUCAUGCUGGCUACCAUGGGGGACGUGAUAGAGAUUUCUCUGAAUACUUAAGUGGAAAUUCAUACAGAGAUACAUAUGAAAGUUAUGGAAGCUUCCAUGAGGAACCAUCUGCAAGAGGCACUUACACUGGAAACAACCGCUAUGAUGACUAUAGUAGCUCACGAGGUGGAUAUGGUGGAGGACGAGAAACUUACUCAGGCAGCCGAAGUGACAUAUAUGGCUAUGAACGUAGUGGUAGACAAGUGCUUCCACCUAUUGAUAGGGAAUACUCUGAGCAUGGGGGCAGAGAAGAAAGAGGGCACUCACCUAUGGAUAGGCUGUAUAGGGCAUCUCAUGAAUCAUACACUAUUAGUUCAAGGUUUGGGGGAUACCAUGGAGGUCAUGAAGAAACCAGAUAUGAAAGUGGAGGCAGGCGUUAAAAGUCUUAAGUACCAAACAUCAUUUCUAAGAAGAAAAAUGAGGUGUUAAUCCUAUGUUCUCUGAUGUUAAGUUGAAUAUAUUGAUUUAGGAAUUAAGGCAUAUUAAGUUUUACAGCAUUGCCCAAAUACUGAAAUUCAUUCGUUUGGGGGAAAGUGAAAUACUAUCUAACUUUCCGUCCAUGAAUUCGACUAGAAUGUAAAGCAAGAAAGCUUUAACUGUUAAAAAACAUUCUUUGUUAAGUAAUACCUGUUAAUGUUAAAUUAGGAUUGAACAUUAGAGAUUAAAUAUCUGCAUUGUCAAAAAAACUCUCAAUAAAAAUUGAAAGAAAA